UUUAUUUGUACAUUUUUCAGACUCAUGGCACAACAUCUAAGACUGUGGAUGGAAGUAUCUUCGUUAAGUUUAUACCUGAGAUUUUAAAAGCACUGCUGAACGUUUUAGCCUUCCAGCAACCCCUCUCAACAAUGAUGCUAUGGCAUGCGGGAUGGUGCCUGCAAAAGCUACUGGUCUUCCAUAAAAUGGAGCUUGACAGUGAUAAUCUUCUCCUAUUCACUACUUCCUAUGAUCAGUCACGUGUAAAGUUUAUGAAAGAACUUGAAGGAGUUUGGUUAGAUCAUAUUCCAGAUACACUAAUUGCAGAAUUGGAAAGCUGUAAAAGAGUUCUUGAACAACCUACUCAAUACAAAGAUCCAUUAUUCAUGUUGGAGCUUGUUCUUCACCAACAACCGACCAAUGGUCAAAGAGCUUCAUAUUUUGCAUGGCACAGGAUGGUUGAUGUAGUGAAGGCUUUUGUUCUCCACAUCCAGUUGAGGACAUUUAUUUUCAAAGGAGCAUUGCCAGAGAAGCCAUUGUUGAACAUGAUUUCCAGUUCCACCAAUGAUUCUGGAGUAAUUCGUUCUUCAAAUAUUUCAUCUGCUAGCUUUGGGUCCAAUGUUUCGUUGGAGUACGGACUACCUUGUGGAAUUUCAUUUUCAAAUUCUGAAAUUAGGGAUAUAUAUGUGAUUCCAGUAGCAAGUGGAAUAGUUGGAAAAUUGCUUCUAGCAGAGAAGCACCCAUUCCGCAGUCGACAUGGUGUUGUGAUUGCAAUUGCUCCGUUGGCAGGGCUAUGUCCUAAGAUAGAUGAGCAGCACUCCUCAUGGUUGCAUCUUCGAAUCAGAGAGUUUGACCCACAGUUUUAUUCAAUCAAAGGUAGAGGAAACCAACUGAGCAUGCCUGAUCAUUAUUGGGCAGAUGGGAGAUGGACCCUUGGUUUCCCAAAUGCAAGAGCUUGUGAGGAAGCUCAAUUAGCGAUUCUGAAUGAAAUGGGCAAACAGAGAUCAGCCGUGGAGUAUAUGCUUGCUCCAUUACUUGAGGAUGAUUUUGGAUUAGCUCAAAACUGAGGUAGUUAAGU